UGGUUUUCCAGUAGGCAGAAGAUAAAGCAGUCCAGCCCGCGUCGCCUGGUUGGUUGGUUUCAGCCAUUACAAUUCUUGCUGUGAAAUUCGAGGGAAGUAAUCGGAGAACGGAAGGAGAACCUAUUAUGUUUUUGAUAUCUUCUACGCAUCUUGCUACUCGAAAUUAUAUAUGUCGUUUCCCUUGUCCAACAUAUCCAGCAAAUGGGACAUUAUCUGCUCAGAGAAGACCCUUUCUUGUAUCUUGCUUGUGCCAUGAUAUGCAGAGGGAUAGAGAGCAGGCUAAUGGUAAUUUGUGCAUUGAAAACCAACUGACUCGGCGACUUCUCCUCACAGUCCUGGUUGGGUCUGGCAUAUCUCCAGCAUUUCCAUCUUCUGCAAAGACGAAGAAGCAAAGCCCAUAUGACGAGAGACGCCUGCUAGAGCAGAAUAAACGAAUACAAAGAGAAAACAAUGUUCCUGAUGAUUUCCCUAAUUUUGUCAGAGAAGGUUUUGCAGUGAAAGUAGUGACUUCAAACAAUUAUGUUACACGUGAUUCAGGCCUUGUGCUUUGGGACAUUGAAGUCGGUCAAGGUGAUUGUCCAAAGGAUGGUCAGCAGGUGACAUUUCACUAUGUUGGUUAUAAUGAGUCAGGCCGGCGAAUAGACAGCACAUACUUACAAGGUUCUCCUGCAAAAGUCCGGUUGGGCACCAACGCAUUGAUUCCAGGAUUUGAGGAAGGAAUCAGAGACAUGAAGCCUGGAGGAAAACGGAGGAUGGUUAUCCCUCCCGAGUUAGGACCACCAGUUGGGCCAUCCACAUUUUUCAGCUCAAAACAAUUCGAAGUAUUUGAUGUAGAAUUGCUUAGCAUUCAGAAUUGCACGAGGAGGACAAUUGGAUUUUAUUCUGAUGUUGUUUGUGGGUGAGCAAAUUAAAUUUAUUUACCCAAUAUACAUACAUACAUACAUAUAUAUAUAUAUAUAUUAUGGGCAAUGUAUGGCCUAUGCAACUAGUGACACUGCUUAAGAGUUAGUUAAGAUUAA